AUGAAAAUAAGUAUUAUUCUUGUUCUAUCAAUAAUAUGUUCAUAUAUUGAUGGUAAACGUUUAUAUUUAAAUAAUGAUAAUGAUCUCGAAUUAUCAAAUGAAAAAGCUCAAAUGUUUCUUCGUUCUCAGUUAAAUGAUGAUGAUGAUCAAGCAUCAUUUGAUACAAGAGAAUUUGGAAAAAAUUGUGUUCCAUGUAAAUUUAAAAUAAAUCCAUGUUGUGCACCGAAUAUUUGUAUUAAAAAAUUUUUCUGGAAUGAAUGUAUGGAAAUCAAAGCACCGAAACCUGGAAAAUAA